AAGGGUGCCGGUCGUAGUUUUGGUGCCUCCUUCCUUAGUCAUGGAGAUCAGACUCGGGGAGAGAUUCGAGUCAUACCAAGAUUUCGAUAAGGCUUUUCGCCUCUUUCAAUUGAAAACUAACAGUUUGUUCGUCAAAAAGACUACUAAAUCGGUGGCUGUCCUCAAUGCGCUUUCAGUUGGAGCGGUCAAACUGGAUAGCAAGCUCCAGUUUGCUUAUGCGACCUUCACGUGCAAGCAUGGUGGACGUCACAGGACGACCGGCACAGGCAUCCGUCCGAAUCAAAGAACAAUGAAGAAAGGCUGCCCGGCUCAGGUGGUCAUCGCUGCUAAAAGAUUGACCCAGCAGCUGGAAAUCACAAGCAUUGUGCUCCAGCAUAACCAUGAGACAUCAAGCGAGAUCUACAACUCCUAUCCAGAGACGUGCAGGCUUCAGGAUGAUGAGAAACAAUUUGUGCAACCACUCCUAGAGAUGAAAGUUCUCCCCAGCCUGGUUGUGCAAAAGCUGAAUGAAAAGACAGGCAAAAGAAUCAUCGCCAAAGAUCUUCAAAACCUGAAAGACGUAAACAACCGCAGAGAAGGUGCAGACCAACUUAUGGAGGUCAUCGAGGAGUGCCGGUCCAAGGAGCAUGUCAAGGUCAUCCCAGUCACUGAUGAGAACCAAGAACUGCAAAUCCUAUUCAUCCAAACACAGCACAUGCAACAGGUCUUCUCAUUCUUUCCUGAAGUUUUGCUUCUUGAUGCAACCUACUGGACAAACAACCUAAGGAUGCCCUUGUUUGUGUUCGUCGUGGAAGACGGCUCUGGCCGUAGUCAUGUUGUGGCCUAUGCCUUUGUUGCUUCUGUGCAACAGCAUGUUGUUACACACCUGCUGGAAACUUUUGUAAAGGAAAAUGCGAGGGCAGCAGACACAAAUGUGGUGGUCAUUGACAAAGACUUCACUGAAAUUGCAGCGAUACGGGAAGCUUUCCCUUCACAGCCGGCAGUGCAGUUAUGCCAAUUUCACGUCAUCAAGGCAUUUAGGGCAGCUGCCGGACAAGUUUCGAACUCAGUAGAAGAAAGAGAAAGGCUGGUAAGCAGCUUCUGCGAAAUGCUACAUGCGCCGACGCCAGACAAGUUUGAAGAAGCGCGCAUGGAGUUCGUAAGGUACGCCAAUGAGGAAGCACGGAAGUACUUUGAAAAGAACUGGGCAACCAUUCCUGAAAUGUGGGCAAGACAUCUUUGUGACCAGGUCUUUACCGCAGGGAACAACACUACAAACCGAGUGGAGUCGCACAAUGGAAAACUGAAGAACGUUCUGACUUCAUCAGGAAAACUCCACGAAGCUGUACGUGCCCUCCUGAAAAUCUCAAGUUCGAUGUUGCAUGAGGCCAGACACCAGACAGCUCUCCUACAGACUUGCGAGUUCUACUCGUACACUGCGUCCGGAGAAGUUGAAAAGAUGUGCUUUAAGGAGCUCACUCCUUAUGCAUGUGCACUUAUCAACAAGGAGCAAAGGAAAAUGAAAGAAAGCCCUCCAGAAGUGAGGCAGUCAGAGCCAGAUGUCUACAGCGUAAAGUCUGCUUUCGGGUGUCACGAAGUCUCUUUGAAAGAGCAAACAUGCACGUGCACCACAUUUUCAAAGAUGGGGCUUUUGUGCCGCCAUUUCCUGGCUGUUUGUCAACAAUCAAACAAAAUGCCAGACCUGCAGAAGGCUGUGAAGGCACGGUGGUUUAAAUCUCACCAAUUGGGCUUCAUGGCUGAAAGCGCUCGGAAGGCGGCAAGCGAGGCAUCCAGAGAAGAAACCGACGUCACUGAAGUAUUGACAAUGCCUGGACCAUCGUACGAAAGAAUCAACAGAAAUCAACGUUUCAACUUUGCAAUGCGAACCUUUAAGGCAAUUGCAGACCACUUGGCCGAUUGCCCGGCAGCAGUUUUCACUACACGCCUGGAGUUCCUCGAAAAUGUCCACUCAAGCUGGAUGCAGGGGCAAGAUGUGGUGGCAAGCAUCGCCAGUGACGACAGUGAUAGUCUGGCUAACCCCCAUCAACAAGUAUGCGGCACAAGUCAAGUCAUGCGGGAGGCCAACAUCUGCACACAGCCAGAGCACACCACUGAUUCACUACCUGGAGGCGAAGGCAGCGAUGUUGACCCAACAGAGUCACCUCAAGGACUUCCCUGCACGAGUCACUCUGCACAUGGGGUCAACAAUGCCUGGACACACCAGGGGCACGGAGGUGUCUCACUGCCUGAGCCAGCUCAAGUCUCUGCCAAGAUAAAGCUCCCCAUCGUCAAAAGUCGAGGACGCCCAAGAAAGAUGCCCCUUCAAAGACGGAAUAAGAGGCCAAGGGACCCCUCCAGCGCUCAGCCUGUGUUUUUCACACAACUCCCAGAAGCAGCUCAACACAAAUUGCUUUUGCCUGGCAUCGUUGAAGAGGCUGUGUGCAGCAAUGUUUUGAGCCAAGGAUACAUUGUAGAAGAACCGGACGUCGAAGUGCGGCCAGAGGUCCUCCCUAGCGCACUUUUGGAUUACAGAGUCAAGCUCCUGAAGCUGAAGAAGUUUUUUGCAGAAGAUGCCUGGGCUCUGCUGACCUCAUCAGUGGCUACAAAGAAAACAAAUGAGCUGUGGCUGUGCCGCAGCUGCAAUGAAGCCGACGAUGGAGAAAAAAAAAUGAUCUGUUGCGACCAGUGCCUGGAGUGGUUCCACUGGACUUGUGCUGGAGUCAAGCGAGCAGACAUCAAGCAGAAGCUAUGAUUCUGCUCAGUGUGCAACCAGGAUUGAUGGCACACUGAUCCCUGUUUGAACCUUUAUGAGAGCUGCGGGCUUUUGGCAUUACGAGAUAAUAAAGAUAUG